UUCAUACCUCUUUUUGUUUCUUACAACAGUCCUUUCACACAGAAGACUGCAAGUCUGCAAAGCUGAAAACAAACUUAGAGAGAGAGAGAGAUGAAAGGAGGGAAACAGAACUCCGAUGCCGUCGCCGGCGACAAUGGUGUCAGUCGUGAGCAGCCAUCCAACGGUGCCGCACAAGCUGAGCAGCAAAAAAGAGAUGGGAAUGCUGGCGAAGAGGAUGAAGAUGUGGGAAAGGAGUAUGAAGAGAAAAUCGAAGAAGAGGAAUUAGCUGAUGCGGAAAAACCAAAGCUUGCUGAAGGGUUUUAUGAGAUUGAGGAUGUAUGGAGAAAGAGGGUUCGAAAGGGCAAAGUUCAGUAUCUAAUCAAAUGGCGAGGCUGGCCGGAGAGUGCAAACACAUGGGAACCUGUGGAGAAUCUAAUGACGUGCUAUGAUGUUAUUGAUGCAUUUGAAGAGAGCUUGCGGUCAGGGAAACAACGAUUGGCACGUAAGCGUAAGCGGCAGCAUGGGGUUACUCACACUCAAAUCAAAAGAAAGCAGCAGCAGUGUUCCCCUGCAGCUGCUACAUAUGAUGUGCCUGCAGUGAAGGUUAGCAUAAUGGAGGAACCUAUGCCUUCAUCUCCUCUGGCUAGCUUGGAUGCUAUUAAUCAUGUGGAUAGUAGUGGUAGUGGUUUGAAUGAUAUCCAAGUGGACGGAGUGGCGAACGGCAAUGAUUUGAAUUUCGAUUCCUCUAUAAAAGAAAUUAAUGAGAAAAAUGAAUUGGAUUUAAAGCUUAGUGAAUUAAAGGGAGGGAUAGCAACAAAAGAGACAUCUGCGGAUACAUCUGGUGAUGGCCUUACAAGUGGAUUUUCAGCAGCCAAUGGAACAGAAUCACUUCAAUCUGGUCGCUGUACCGGAGCUAAAAGGAGGAAGCCUACUUCUGUUCGGAGGUUUAAACCGGAAACUGCCUCAGGUGUAAUGAAUGAUUCCCAAGAUGCUGUAGCAAAUGCUACUAGUGGCCCUUUUGUUGCAUUCACGCAGGAAGGAAUUCACGAUCAUGGAUUUGUGGGCAAUGCUUUAGGUUGCAAAAAUAAGUGGGAUGAUUCCAAAGAUGCGUGUGCCAUAGCAGAAAUUAUAAAGCCUAUGAGCUAUUCGGCAUCUGUAUCGAGUGAUUUUCAGGAUGUGUUCGUGACCUUUUUAGCUAAGAGGUCUGUGACUUCCAGACUACACUUGUUUUUACUCAGUUGCAAAGAAUAUGAGCUUUCCUUAAAUAUAGUGAAAUUAAUGUCUUCAGAAAGGAAAAAAGGUCUGAUGGAAAGGAAGUUAUGGUGGAUAACAAGUUUCUAAAGAUGAAUAAUCCACUUGUGUUGAUAAACUUUUAUGAGCAAAAUCUUCGAUAUCAUCCCACACAAUGAAUGCGCUUCGGCGAAGGUGGAACUAUUCUCGCUUGACUUGUAUGUACAGAGUGUUGAAAUCUUGUAGCAUCAGGCUGUAGGUAUUAUACCUGUUAGAGUAUUUAUAGGGAGGUCAGUAAAUCACUAGAGUUAUGCUGCAUAUUAUGGAAACCCUGCAUUAGCUUCAGCUGAUUUUUCAAAAAAAAAAAAAAAAAAAAAAAAACCUGGACUUCAAAGUUUUAUCUCUACAGUAUAACCCAAUAUAUGCAUUGUAAAUGACAGAUAAUAUUCUUUUGUUAUCUUAGGUGGCAAAACCAUUAUAGGUUUUGUAGUUCAAUAGCAUUAAUAUGGAAUGCAGACAUCCGCAAAUGUUUGUGGAAUUGCUCUGCUAUUGGCCAUUAUAUGUUCUAAUACAUUUUGUUAGAUGAACAAAAGGGAGGAUGAUUGAUAAUCUACCUGAUCGAAUUCGCAUAACAA